ACAGUAACUGUAUGCUGUAUUUACCUUACUCUAUUUUAUCUCUGGCUGCCAGUGUGCUAUAAACUUCUGUGGAUAACACAAGGGCCUACUGACUUAUUUUUUGCUCAGUUAUUUACAGAAAUUUGGAUAGUUCUUGAAUAAUUUGUCAGAAGCAGAUAAGAUCUCACUAUGACCGCAUACACUGACAAACGACAAGAAUAUGACUACCAUCUGAAAGCUAAUGGUGUUAGUGAUGAAUACUCCGAGUCAUCAAAUGAUGAUGAAAACGAGGAGCGAGGGAACUGGUCCCGUAAGAUGGACUUUGUUCUUUCCUGUCUCAGCUAUGCAGUUGGCUUGGGUAAUGUCUGGAGAUUCCCAUAUGUAUGCUACAGAAAGGGUUCAGGUGCCUUCCUGAUUCCGUUUAUUGUUAUGUUAUUUGUUACGGGUAUCCCGCUAGUCUACCUCGAGUUAUCAUUUGGACAAUUUGCCAGCUCUGGGGUCGUAUCUAUAUGGAAAGCUUCGCCUCUCUUUCAAGGAGUUGGUUGGGCCAUGUUUAUAGUGUCAGUACUGAUUGCCAUCUACUACAAUAUGAUCAUUGCAUACACCCUCUACUAUCUGUUUGCAUCAUUUAAGGCUAUGUUGCCGUGGGAAGAAUGUGGAGACUGGAGUACUGAAGCCUGUUCAAAAGCCACCCCUGCGGAAAUCAAAAACUGUACCGACAAUGCUGGGAGAUGGUGUGCUGGGGCUUGUGUGUACAAGACUGAAGUAAACACUUCUGUAUGGGACUCUGUUAGUGACUGCGCGGAUCCUAUAUCGCCCAGUGAUGAUUAUUUUCACAAAGUUGUGUUAGAUAUAACAGAAGGUGUUCAUGAUGUGGGAACUUUAAAAUGGGAGUUGGCCCUUUGUCUACUGCUGGCAUGGGUGCUAGUCUGUUUCUGUCUUGCUAAAGGAAUCAAAUCUGGUGGAAAGGCUGCCUAUUUCACAGCAUUUUUUCCAUACAUAGUGCUGACUAUACUGUUGGUAAGAAGUCUUACACUACCAGGGUCAGUAAAUGGAAUUGUUUACUACUUCAAACCACAGUGGCACAAGCUUGGAGAUGCAAAGGUAUGGGGAGAUGCAGCUAUUCAGAUCUUCUUCUCUCUGUCUCCAUGCUGGGGUGGUCUUAUUACACUGGCUAGCUAUAACAAGUUUCACAACAACUGUUUCUUUGAUGCCAUUGUUGUUUCUAUUAUGGACUGCGUGACCAGUGUAUUUGCUGGCCUUGUAAUCUUCAGUAUCAUUGGUUACAUGGCAUCCGAGCUGAACCAACCAGUCGACAAGGUAGCAGCUGAGGGGGCGGGGCUUGCUUUCAUUGUGUACCCAGAGGUUGUCACAAAAUUGCCGAUCUCACAACUUUGGUCUGUUCUCUUCUUCCUUAUGUUGAUCACUCUUGGACUAGGUACUCAGAUUUCAACAGUGACUACUGUGCACACAACACUUCUGGACAGAUUUCCUCGCAUCUUCCGUAAAAACCAAAAACGGAGAGUUCUCUUACUUGUGGGAAUAUCUGUAGUGUGUUACAUCAUUGGACUGGCAUUUGCUUCACAGGGAGGAAUGUACAUAUUACAGUUAUUUGACAACUAUGCGGCCACCUACUCUCUUCUUGUGAUAGGCCUCGUCGAGUCCUUAGCAUUGUCUUGGGUUUAUGGUGCGGAUCGGUUCCUGACAGAUAUAGAGUCCAUGUUAGGAUACAGACCUGGCAAAAUCUGGGCCUGGAGUUGGAAGUUUGUUGCCCCAUUUGCUCUGCUUGCUAUCCUGAUUUUUACGUGGAUAGAUUUCAAGCCAACAAAGUACAAUGAGAUUGUAUUCCCAGCCUGGUCUGAUGGUGUUGGAUGGUUGAUUUCAUUGUCGUCUAUUCUUGCAAUACCAACUGUAAUGCUUUACAAAAUCCUUGAACACAAAAGAGCAAGAGGCUGCAGUUUUAUAGAGAGUGUGAAGUUUUUGAGCAAGACUCCCCCAGACUGGGGUCCUGCCAAGAAAGAGCACCUUGCUGAAAGAAGGGCCUUGGAUACAUUGUCUGCUGAGGCUCUGGAGAGUAGUGCACCCUUGACUGGUGUAGGUUUCAGCGCCAUCGGCAUGAAAGAAGUGUCGCCGCAAAAUGGUGCAGAAAAUGUUUAAUAUGUGGUCUUCAUUUUUGUCAAAUGUUAAGCAUCUUUCUAUAUUGAGAAAUCUAUGGAAACACAAUGAUAAGGUAGAAAUGGUUAAGGUUAAUAUGUAAAAGGUACUUAAGGUGAAGAAAAUUUUUCCUUAUUAAUUGACAAAUGAAUCAUGUUUGUUUGUGAUUUUGGUGCAGAACUCGAUAUUUAUCUGUGAACUAUGUUAUGAUUGUUUAUAUGAAAUGAAAAAGUAUAGGCAAAGAGUUUAAUUCUUUCGGAAUCCCAAUUAAGACAGAAGGGUUCAGGUGAAAUGGGGGAAAAAAAAGUUAUCUUUAUGAAAUUAUGGAACAAUUCUAUUGUAAAACACCAUCAUAGGUUUAUAUAUGCAGUCAGUAUAAAUAUUCAUAGAUAAACUGGAUAUGGGCAAGAACCAUAAAUUUGAGUAAUAUAAUUGAAAACAAGCCAGUUUAAGGAUUAUUCCCAUUUUUGAUGAAAUUGUUUCUUGAUAAGUGUAUGGGAGUCUCUUUGCUGGAGGAUCAGCAUAACACUCUAGUGUUGUCCUUGGUGAAGCAAAAGUGACAGUUUGGCUCAAAGCAUUGUAUAAAGAACUGUUUGGGAAUCUACAUAUGGCUGGUCAGCUGCUUUAACUGUCCAAUUGUUCAGAACUAAAUCAGUAUAACAUAGGUAGAAAAAUGACCAGUUAUUUGUGGUGAGCUAUAUUUGAAUAUACAGUCUAACCUGUCUUAAGCAGCCAGCCAAGGGAAGCAGACAAUUUGGCCCCUUAAGCCAGGUGACCGCUGAUCGGAGGUGCAGCCAGUAUAUGUAUUCAGACUUCUGACCAGUUUAGCCUUUAGGCCCAUUUCUUUUUGGGUUUUCCAAAAAGCGGACGGCAGGUGGCCACUGAAUAAAGUGAUAAAAUAGAGGAAAAUCCGUCGGGGGCAUCAUAAAAUGGCCGCUGAAUGGAGGUGACCGCUGAUCGGAGGUGACCGUUAGUACAGGUUAGACUGUAUGUGAUAUUUUUGUCUCCCUACCAGUGUAAAUAAAGUAGAAGGGUUAUCAGUUAUUGCAGGACCUGGCAUAUCUUGGAAAGAAACCCAGGAUACAUUAGCUAGACAGUUUUCCAUAAUUACUUAACAUACAGUUGAUGGAAGUAAGAAUUUUUGAAGUUUUUUUUGUUAUUCAGCGAGGGGAAAGAGAAACAUGACUAUAUGAUUAUGAAAAUGCUCAAACUUUUAAUGUUGAUUUGAUAGAUUACAAGUAAAAAUGUUUACAUUCAUCUUCAAAUCUGUUUACAUAUGACAUGAUGCUAGUCUGCUUUGAUAAACCAAAGACAACUGUUACGCUUUUAAGUAAAAUUUUAAAAAAAAAAGAUCAUUGCAUAACCUUUUAGCUGAUUCACUGCUUUUUAUGACCUAUACAUUUUAAGAUUGUUUUGAUUUUGAAUAAUUAACAGUAUUAACAUUUAUAUUAAGCCAGUCAUAUCUACAUCAUUUGUUUGUUACUGACGAAAUAUACAUGUAUAUUAAUCUAGUUUAAAUUUUUCUGGUCAUAUUUAUGUGUGAUCUUGUUAUACAUGAAAAUAUGUAGUAGAUUUUAUGUUCACCCAGUGAAGGAUUUGCACAGAUACUUCCCUUUUACAUAAUUCUUGGUACAUGAUUCAUCCAUUUUAUAAGAACAUUGCUGAUUCUUGAUAUGAAAUGUAGAUCUACAGACCAGAAUGAUUAAUUAAAACAAAUAGCAUCUUGAAGAAGGCUCAGUAUACCUUUCAAGCAAGAGGGGUUUCCCUCUUGCACUCUCCCCUUUGCCACUGUUGGCAUCUCAAGUAAAUAGUUUGCCUUCCAUAUUUUCUGGCUACAUAAUGCCUUUCAUUGAAUAUGUUGUCUUUCCAAUUAAGACUAAAUUACAUUUGGUGUGUCUGAGUAAUUUGUGUUAUGCUGUCAGUGGAUAGUGACUGCAUGCAUAACACAAUAAGUUAACUUGUUGGUAAGGUUUCUGUACACCCAUAUGGAUUAAAGUAAAAAUCUUGGGAAUUGGCUAAAUAGGCAAGUUGGUUUGGAAGACUGCCUCGUUGCCUUUGGAAAAGACACUCGUGUUCAGACAAGUACAGAAUAAAAUUCUACAGUUCUUUUGUCUUUCUCUAAAGUUUUUAGAUCUACAUUUCAUAAUUUUGAAAGUGACAUUUCACGUUCAAAGCACCAUAAAGCUUUGAUUAUAUUAGUUUUGCUUGGAAUAAACAAUUGUGGUGUAAUUUUUUGCAGAGCUUUUGAUAUAAGUGUAGUUUUUACAACAGUAUCUUCGCCUUAUUGUUGUUUAAGACAACCAAGCAUGGUUGGCAGACAUGAACAUUGUGAACAGUCACAAUACCCCCCUAGUAAAACAAUUACAAUUAGCCUAAUGGGGGUUGCCUCAUGAUUUAAGUAAAAAUUUUGAAAGUGUACUUUUACUAUUGUUUGUUAGUAAAUAAAUUAAAAGCUAGUAUAUUAUGGAAGAACUAUUCAUAAUAGUUAUGUCUGAAAUACUAAAUUCUCUUGUUUGUAGAGUGUUAUGAUUCUGUCUUGUGCUUGGCUUAAAUUUAUUGACUCAGCUAUGUUAAUGGUAAAAUUUUUGUUGUGUUUACUGCAACAGUACACAUAGUAUUUUAUAUAAAUUAGCCAAGACAGUAAGUUCCAGUGAAUAUUUCUUUUCAGUUUUUGUAAUUGAAAAGAAUUCAAGUAUUUUGUUACUUUUAAUAUUAAUUUAUUGAGUUAUGGAUUUUUACUCAGUUUAAAAAAAAAAAUGUUUUUAGUUUUCUGUGAACAUUUUUUAAAAUUUUAAUAUACAGUGAAACACUGCUCGCUCGAGCACCCGGGCUCGCUCGAGCAAUUCAUGUGGUCCCGCCCGAUUUGUUUUUGUGAAAAUGUCACGAGUGUGUUAUUACUACGCAUCACCGUUUCCUCUGCAAAUGGUCUCGAUGACAAUUGGUAAAACAAACUUCAAUUUUCUUCGUAUGUUGGUCAAUGUUUGGGUCGCUCGAAACCAUGGAUAACUCGAGCAUUUUGCUCAUCCCCUUGCGACCUCGAGCGAGCGGUGUUUCACUGUACAGUGAAAAGAAUUACAUAUUUUUAUUGAAAAUGUAUUUCAAAUGGAGGAAACAUUUUUGCCUUUACAUUUGGGGUUAUUUUGUUUUUUACUUCUUUCAGUUUAUUCCUAUAUUUUACUGCAGGUAAAUAGCAAUAAGUUGAUAGGGCAACACUUCUUUUGUAAAAACUAUGUUACAUUUUGUUUGAAAUAUGCUGUUUACUGUGCAGUAUUGUGCUGUGUAAAGCUUUAUGUACAGUUCUCAGGGUUUUAUGAUUUCGUUCGAACCACUUCAGCAUUCAGUACCAGUAAUACUGUUGUAAUUUAUUCAUUCAGCAAAUAAAAAGAUGUUAGAGAAAGUGCUGUUUUAUGAAAAUCUUGUGCUCUAAAGUGUUUUAUCAUCUUAAUGUUGCAAACGUUUUAUUGAAAUACCAUAAUUGAGCCGUGCCAUGAGAAAACCAACAUAGUGGGUAUGCGACCAGCAAGGAUCCAGACCAGCCUGUGCAUCCACGCAGUCUGGUCAGGAUCCAUGCUGUUCGCUUUCAAAGCCUACUGGAAUUAGAGAAACUGUUAGCGAACAGCAUGGAUCCUGACCAGACUGCGCGGAUGCGCAGGCUGGUCUGGAUCCAUGCUGGUCGCAUACCCACUAUGUUGGUUUUCCGAUGGCACGGCUCAUAUUGAUUCUUAAUAGCUCAACUGGUGGCAUUGCAAAAUUCAGGAGUGGGGUGCAUAUUUGAAUUGUAUGCCAUCACAAUAAAUUGUCCGGCCAUAAAUAAGCAGAUAGUGGCAAAGUGUACAUUUUUUUACUGAUUGGGAAAUUAACAUUUUGUAUAUUGAAAAUUGUUUUGGACUUUAAAAGAUAUUAACAGACAUUAGAAUUUAUAUCUGGUCCCUUUUUCUGUUGUAAAAAUACAAAUGGGCAGGGGGACGGGGAGGGAGGUAAUAUAAAUAAGAAUUCAAAGUGUUAAUUUGGAACUUUCUUAACUUGAAAAAAAUGUUUUAAAAAAAGAAGAGUUACAGCAUUUUAAAACUUCAGUAAAAUAUUUCAGGUAGUUUGUCAGCUGAGAGAUUCUAGUCAACUGGAGCAGCAGACCAACAAUUUUCAUUUCAGAAACAAUCACAUUGUUAAAUAAGACCAAUGUUUCUCACCUAAAGGUUGUACACAUUCUGAAAAAACACACACAUUUACUUCAUUCCAUGUGUUAGUAAUGUAAGAUACUACAUGCUCUGCAUGUCCCGUAAGUGAAAAUCAGAUAUGGUGUAUCACAGAGUGUAAAUAUGUCUGUUUGAUGAAAAAAAAGAUAUAUCAAGGCUUUUUUUUUUCUUGAAGCCAAAAUUAUUACAGCUCCAAUGUUAACAUAUCCUUACCGCCAAAGUAUUACACACUUCAGCAUUUUGAGGAAAAAAAAAAUGUUUUACUUACUACAGUAUUUAUUACUACAACAGCAUUUGUACAAAAUACCAUUACCUCAGUGUACAGUUUGUAAAUAUUUGUGCAGAUAUUGUUAACUUGCAGUGUCUCCUGUUUUUAUGUUGUGUAUUUUUAGUCAGUGUUUCAAAUAUGAAGAUGUUACGGUUAGCUUGUGAAUACAGCUUUAGAAUUUAUAAAUGAAAAAAAAAAAAGUGCUAUGAAAAUAUCAAAAUAUCAGUGCUUCUUUGUAAAUAAUCUUAAUAUUCUUAGUUUUAAUUAGUUUGCUGCUAGGAUUAGGGUUUAGCUUUAUUUUGUUGAUAAUGCUUUAAAAAAAUAAUUGAUAAAUUAAAAAAAUAAUAAAUUAUUGGCAUGGCUUCAUGCUUAUUUGUGAAUUUAUUUUCUUAAACAACUUCAUUUUGUUAAUGCAGACAAAAUCCUUUCUAAUGGAUAUAAGAAUUCUUGGUAUAAUUUCAAAACUGUUUCAAUGUCUGUAGAGUAUUUUAUCAUUACUUUUCCUUUGAAUAUAGAAGGAAGGGUAUUUCAUGUUGAGUGAUAUUUAACUUUUUAAUGUGAAUCUCUCAUACUUUUAUCAGAAUUGUUCUUUGUGAGUCCUGAUUGCAGAAAUUUAAAAAUAAAAAAAUGUCUUUUUUUACAGGAGUUGAAAGAUGUUGUCCUGUAUGUAAUUUGAAAGUUAAAUUAAAAGAGGAUUUUGUCUGUAUAUGCAAAAAAUGUUUUUAUUUUAUAUAUAGAGACAGCUUUACAGUGUUAAGUGAAAUGUGUGCUGGUGAAUGAGGAAGUUUAAACUCCAAUUGUUGGAAUUGCCAGAGCUUUAAUAUUUAUACACUUAGUCGUAUUUUGAUAAAUGGUCUACGGAUCUUUCAGCUUGCAUUUUCUUGUAGUAUCUCAACUUUUUUGUCUUUUAAUUUUGGCUUUUACUUGGUUUUCUUCUUGAAUCUCUGAUUUUUGACUCAUUUAUGUCUUUUAUUUUCUCUUUUUACGCAAUUUAGUUUUUAAAUGUCCAUGUAUAGACUAUAAAACAUUUUCCCCAGAAAUCUCGAUUUUAUAUAGAUGUUUUUUAGUUUCCUCUAUUACACAAGUUUGUUUUUUUGAAUCUCAGUGUUUAGAUUAUAGCAACUUCAUGAUAUUUUAUAGGCAGACUGAUCGUAUUGUUGCCAUUUUAUGUAAGUGUAAAGUGUCCUUACUGUUUACAAACUUUUAAAAUCUCAUUUUUGUAAAAUUAGCACAAGCAUCACUUACUGUUUUACAAACUCUUGGAAGCUCAUUUUUGUAAAAUUAGUAUUGGUCAAUUUUCGUAUCGGAUAAAACUAGUCAUUUUGACACUGGACUUUUACCAAUUAACUUGAAUUUCACAAAAUUCACGGAAGUGCAAAUUUACCAGAGUUUGUAUGUGUUUAAAUUUCUGACUGUAUCAAUUUUCUCUUCAUGUAUGUUCAUCAUGUAUAUAUAUGCUAUUUUCAAGUGUGGUUUACUAUCAGUCAUAGUCCUCUAUAUAUCAUUAUGUACAUGUAGCAUGUCAUAUGAAUGGUGGUGUUUGAGUUUCUGUUAUCUGUCUACAGUUGUUAAUUUGAUUUUUACGUGACAUCAGCAAUCUUUAAGUGUGUGUGGUAGCUGUUGUAAAGUUUUGCUUGGAUUGGGUUUAUUGUUGUUAUUAUUGUCUGGAUAGAGUCCAUUCAAUAUUCCAGUAUGAUGAGUUCUGCUAAAAGCUUAGGUUGCACUUUUCAUUACCUCCUGUGAACAGACUUGAUAGAACCAAGUCUGCCAUAGUUCUGCUUGUAUGCGUUUGAUUCCAAAGGAUCUUAUAGAUCCAGUUGAAAUAAUCCUUUCUUACAGCAGUAUUCUUUUUACGCAAAAGUUACGAAUAUUCAUGCGGAUUUCCUCGAGGCUUGCUUUCUCUUAUAUUUAGAAAAUAUGGAAAUUUAUUUUGUGUCUUUAAAUCACAGUAAUUUUAUUUUAAGCAUAAUUUAAGAAACUGGUAAUGAAGAACAGUUAACCUGGUUCAUUUUUUCCACCGUCCUACCGUAUUUUGGUGCGUAUAGGUCGCACUUUUUCUACCCAUUUUGCUGCCUGAAAAAGAUCCUGCAACCUAUACGACAGAACAUUGCCAGCAGAGUUUUUUUCGGGCCAAUUUUCUGACCGUAGCUCUCGCAAAAUUACGUGCAUCUGUUACGAACAAAAUGAUAAAAAAAUAUCAAUAUCGGCGGCUUUUCAACCAAUAGCAGUUACUUUCAAUAAAAUAUAUCGUAAAUUACCCAUACAGACUAUUAAAAUUACGAAUGACUUUAAUUCAAAGAUGUUUUUGCGGUUUGAAUUACGAUUGUUUCUACUUUCACUUUACUGGACGCCAUUGACAUGUACUCUGGGUUGGAUAAAAUCUGGACAGAUCCGUUCUCCAUUCCAAACAUUGUUUAUACUAAUUCUUAGCGUAUUAAAAAACGUUAAAGAUAAUUUUUUACUUUUGAUUUUUAAACAAAAGAAAAAAAUCCAAAAAGAGAUAUUUUGUUAAUCUUUUUACUCAGAAUCAAAAGAACGCGGUUAAUUACAUGACACGGAAAGGUGUUAUAAUUGCUGUGCAAACAAUUCACACUUAAACUUGCAGAAUUACAGAAUGUAAACGCAAAUCGUCUGCUGCCAAUUAGUGUCAAAAAGCCGCUUUUCUUUGAUGUAGGCUGUUACCGAUACUACUGUUUGUACGAAAUGGUUGGGAUCGAAAGUAACACUGUCCGAUUUCCACCAAUCAGGUUCUGAUAAUAAUUCAGUCCACGGCAUCAAUAUGGCCGCCGCCAUAACUUUUUUGCCGGUAAAUACUAAAUAUUGCUGGGGAAUAAAUCCGAAAUUUAACUGCGACUAAUACGCUAGAACUUAAGUUUUCCGACCAUUUCCAGAGAAAAAAUUAGAUGCGGACUAUACAUUACCGCAACCUAUACACACCAAAAUACGGUAGUCACCUUUUUUACUGCUAGCAGCAAUCACCUAGCUUUUAGUAUAUAUAAUGUUGUAUAUAGGUAUGCAAAUAAAAUGAAUGGUUUUGAAUGGAGUGAGUGUAAUUAACCUAGCUAUAAAGGUGCUUUCGAUUCAUUUGUAAAUAAUUCAUGUUAUCGUACAUUUCUUUUCAGAUGUAAAUAUUAAGAAAUAUGAUGUACUUCACUGUGUCUUGAAUAGAUGCAAGUUUAAUGGUGAUAAUUUUUUCCCCCUAAGUUUUGGUCUAGCCCAUGGUAAUACAUUAAUUCUGUUGAAUUGUUUCCAUAAAUAUUAAUACCUUUCCAGAGUGAAUUUUUUGUUAGGCUUACUGGUAUCAGACUGAAAUUAGAUAACCACAAUCAUGUCAUCAUUAAAUUUUUAUUUCUCUUGCUUGGAAUGGAAUAUUUCAUAACCAAGUGACCUAAGUUAAAUGGAUAAUGAAGGAAUAAUUUUAAUCAGCCGAGUGUAGUGAUUUUGCAUAUAUACCAUGAACAGCAGUUUUCAUACCAUACCAAUAUAACAGAAUAAUUUUGAUAUAUUACUGAAUGCGCAUCCUUGAAUUAACUUAGAUAUACAUCUCGUUUUGCAGGUUCCAUGUGAAUUGAGUAUGACAUAUUGAUUUUUUUAAAAAUUUAAAUUGAAAAAGCCUAUGUACAAAUUUUUGAAUUUCAUUUUAAAUUCAAAAUUGCAUAAUAUCAUUAAUCAGUACAUUUGCUUUUUACAAAUAUAGGCAUUUGAGCCGCGCCAUUAGAAAACCAACAUAGUGGGUUUGCGACCAGCAUGGAUCCAGACCAGCCUGCACAUCCGCGCAGUCUGGUCAGGAUCCAUGCUGUUCGCUAACAGUUUCUCUAAUUGCUAUAAGCUCUGAAAGCGAACAGCAUGGAUCCUGACCAGACUGCGCGGAUGCGCAGGCUGGUCUGGAUCCAUGCUGGUCGCAAACCCACUAUGUUGGUUUUCUUAUGGCGCGGCUCAUUUUGUUUGAAACCUAAAGUUACUGAAACAGACGGCUUGCAUUCUCAGAUAACAGGCAUGUGCAGAUGUAAAAUGUUUUCAUUAAACACUUCUAUCCAUCUUCAUUUUUUGUCUAGCUUACUCCUGUAGCUUAUGUAUGUGUGCAUCUGUCUGUCUGCAGCACAAAGCAUGCUUUUGGAUACAUAUCAAGGGGGUGCUAGGCUCUUUUUUGUCUUGUUUCCAAUCUAAUUAGAAUCUUUGGAUCUCAGCUAAAAUCAUAAUAGUGAUUACCUAUUAGUAUUGUCGAGAUAAUUAGUCUUUAUGGUUUUCCUUUGUUCUAUACACGAAAAUUUCUUGAAACUCUUUUUUUCCCCCUAUAAUUGUUAGAUUUUAGAGCAAACAAUACAGUUUGAGUCCGAAUAUAUAUAGACACUUUUUCAAGUAGAUGGUAUUACACUAAAUUUGUUAAUUUGAACUACAUGUAUAAUUUUGAUUUCACCUAGAAAACAUUUAUAUGCAUUGAUCACUGCUUUCUGGUUUGAUAUUGGAAUAAAGUCACCAAACUAUU